GGCCGGGCCGGGCGGGCGGUGCCCCGCUAUGGCCCUGGGUGCCGGCGGCGCUGCGGGGCGCGGCGGACUCUGGCGGCGGCGGUGGGCGGUGUGAUUCCGCCCGGGAGGGGAGGGGGCGGCUGCAGCUGCACUGCAUGGGGGCGGGUGCCGCCAUGGAAGGGGUGCUGUACAAGUGGACCAACUACUUGAGCGGUUGGCAGCCUCGCUGGUUUCUUCUCUGUGGCGGCAUCCUGUCCUAUUAUGACUCUCAGGAAGAUGCCUGGAAGGGUUGUAAGGGAAGCAUUCAAAUGGCAGUGUGUGAAAUUCAAGUUCAUCCUGCAGAUAACACACGAAUGGACCUGAUCAUCCCAGGGGAACAAUACUUCUAUCUGAAGGCAAGAAAUGCAGUUGAAAGGCAAAAGUGGCUGGUUGCACUAGGAACUGCCAAAGCCUGUCUGACUGACAGCAGGACACAGAAGGAAAAAGAGUUCACUGAAAACACAGAAGCCUUGAAGACUAAAAUGUCUGAACUUAGACUGUACUGUAACCUCCUUGUUCAGCAAGUGCAUAAAACCAAGGAAACCAGCAUUUCGGGUGUGUCGGAACCAGAGAAUGAGAUUGAUAUGGGAGCUCUGUUAAAAUCAACGUGUGAUACCUUCCUCAAGACUCUUGAAGAAUGUAUGCAGAUUGCAAACACUGCCUUCACUUCUGAGUUACUGCACCAGACCCCACCUGGAUCCCCACAUUUAGCAGUUCUCAGAACAAACAAGAUAAAGCACUCUGUCUUGUCCACUCACACCUCAACAGAAAGGCAGAUGGAAUUAAACCCUUGUGAAAAUGGCUCUGUAAAACCAGAAAUUAACCAUCAAGAGCAAACCCUUAUUAAAAGUCUGGAAUGCAUAAACCUGGAAACAAAUGAGGGGAGCAGUGAUGUUUCUAUUGAAGAUCACAUAGCAGAGGGUUUGUCAAGUAAAUGCAUUAAAGAAGAUGGAGAGAACAAGCUGCAAGCUGCAGAAAGCUGUGGUGCACACAAGUUGCUGCAGUCAGAAACAGAUUCUUUAAGUGGACUGGCACUGUGUGAGCAAGACAGAAAUGAAAGCCAUUCUCCUACCUUCUUCAGUGUCAUGAGCAAUAGGUUCAGUGAUAUUGAACUUCGAGAGGAGCAGGGCAUACCAACAGAAGAGUUUCUGGAGUCAUGUUAUGCAAUUGUGCCUGUCCUGGACAAGCUGGGACCCACUGUUUUUGCUCCUGUUAAAAUGGAUUUUGUAGGUAACAUCAAGAAAAUUAACCAGAAAUUUAUAACCAACAAAGAAGAGUUUGAUACCCUUCAGAAGAUAGUGCUUCAUGAAGUGAAUGCAGGUGUAGCACAAGUUAGAAACUCUGCUACGGAGGCACUCCUGUGGCUGAAAAGAGGCUUAAAGUUCUUGAAAGGGUUUUUGACAGAAGUGAAGAAUGGGGAAAAGAAUAUCCAAACAGCUCUGAACAACGCUUAUGGAAAGACGUUACGGCAGCACCACGGUUGGGUUGUCCGCGGGGUCUUUGCAUUAGCUUUAAGGGCAGCUCCAACGUAUGAAGACUUUGUGGCAGCUCUGUCUGUAGAGGAGUGUGAUCCUCAGGAAGAAGUGUUUUACAAAGGAAUGCAGAGGGACCUCAACAUAUAUCUCCCAGCCAUGGAAAAGCAGCUAAAUAUCUUAGACACUCUCUACGAAAUACAUGGUUUGGAGUCAGAUGAGGUGGUAUGACUACAAUAAGACUACAUAUCAAAACUUCAGGGACUGUGUCUGUUAACAAAGAUUUCUUUAAUUUUGGUUUCUUUUGGACAUCGUUUCAGUUUGUUGUAUCUUUUCAAGGAGGGAAUGGUGUUGUGACUGUUUUUGGGGAAGGGUAUGUAUGAUUUUUGUUCUUUUGUUACUCUUGUUUGGUGUUUAAAUGCAGAGGUACUGUUUCUCUUUGGGUCACAGCUGUGUCCACGAUGAAUGUUUUUUAACUGUUUCUCCUCCUGCUUGUGCACUUCCUCUUCUCUUCACCUGAUAAAAUAACAGAGCAGAAUUUGGGCUUUGCUCCUAUACCUCAGAAGAAAGCUGCUGGUGCAGCAGACCCACUGGGGUGCCAGUGCAGCACCCAGGCAGCUGCCCUGUGCAUGCUCCCUGCCACAGUGAAAGAGGACAGUAGUGAGAGUUAUUGCUAACCUGAUAGCAGAAGAAGGUCAAAGCUUAUAAGGUACAUGGUGAGUUUGUCCCUUCACUUGGAUUGAAGGUUUUUAAUGCAGCUCCUCCCCAAAUGUUACAGAGCAGCAUGUGGGUGGUGGUCUGAGCUUCCCCAGGAACCAGCGUUUCAAACAGGGUAUCAUGUUCUCUGACCAGUUCCCAGUAUCUGUCACAGUCUCCCUGUCAGCUCCUGCCAGUGAAAUUUGCUGGCACAGACUGGCAGAGCCCAGUUAAUUUCAGUGCUUUAGUUACACAAGCAGUUGAAGAUCAUGUCCACCAUCCUGGUUUAUUAAGGUUCUGGCGGGGUUUUCUGUUAUGGGUUUAGGGUUUUCUUAAAUCAAGCUCACACAAAACCAUAAUAUUUGCUUUUAAAUUGAAUACAGCUAGCAGUUUAAAAAGCAGGUUUCAUUAAAAUGCUUCCUAGGCUGCCAUUAUGGGCAGAGACUUUGGAAAGUGGACAUGAAAUGAGUGAAGUGUAGGGGAAGCUAGAAUUUGUCAUGAAGCCUUCACACAUUAGGGCAAUUACAAACCUUAAAAUCUGAAAUUAUGUAGAAGUGACUGGAAAUUAAGUGAGAUAAAGAUAAAAAUAUUCUCCUUAACCCUGCUGCUAUUAAAAAUAAUAAAGAGGUCCAUGUAGCUACUGAUGUGGUUAAGAACAAAAUCCCUAUUUGAUCUGAUGACUAAGAGGCUGUCUGUGAAUUUUUGGCUGCCCAUUCAAGGUGUAAGUGGGUCUCUCAGUGAUGACCUAGAGCUUCAGGUGGCUUUGUUCAAAGUGCUGAUUUUAACUCAUGUACAGGAGGAGACAAGAGUGUGCUGAUGAGUUGCUUAGAAUUAGUAAAUCUUCAUCUAUAUAAGAGAAGUUAGUGUUUCCAUACUUGGCUUUUGCUAGGCUGAAAACCAUAUUGUCAGUAAAAUGAAUGUACAGUGGGCCUGCUGCCCUGUGUUGCUCUGUGAUGGAAGCCUCUCUGCACACCGAAUACUUGAUCCUUCCUAAAGAGCCUACUAUUGUGAGCUUUAAGAAAAGCAUAUGAUGCUUGAAGAAAAGGCCAAACAUCCUACUUAAUGUGUGAAGCAAGAUACCAGGGAUAAUUAGGCAUUUAAACAGUGUGACUUCCUUGUUCCAUUCAUCUUCUCUGAGUUGUCCCUAUCAGCAGUUCCUCUAAAUACUCCAACAGGAAUCAGAAGGACACGAUUUUUUAUUUUUCAGAUUUUCUUAAUUUAAGUAGUAUACAUUUAUGUUUGAGUGGAAAGUCAAAACUUUUGACUAAAGCUCCAUUCCAUUACUUCACUACGGGCAGUGCUCAAACUGCAGCAGUGAGCCUUUGGACAGCUUCAGCUCUCUGCUUCUUUUAAACAUGAAUGCAAAGAAAGCACCCCACUAAUAGAAAAACCAACUCUCUACCCUGUGUGUUUUCCUCAAGAUUUUCAGCUGUUAGGUGGGAGACUUUGCUGUAAUACUUUUUAGCUGAAUGCUUUGGGAAGGUGAUGGAAACUGUGUUUCCAGAAAAUAUCAGCUGGGGUGUGGGGAGAGGAGGAAGAGAUCCCAUUUUUAUAGAAAUCAACAGAGUCAGGAGGCUUUAUUUCAUAGGCAGAGACCUUAACAGCUUCCUUGGGCCACUAGCUUCAGCACUUACUAACUUCUACCAUUCUUCUUUCUUCUAACAAACAGAGAAAGGUCCACUGCUGUAUCCUGUAAUCAGCAUAGCAUACUGCCUCAGAGUACUUUCUUGUCUUACUCUUAUGCACAAAGCUGGUCUUUCUGAACCCUGGAAUUGGGGCUUGAGAAUGUUCUUAGGAGGCUGUGGCUUCAGGAAACCCCUGUGUGCUUGUUGUUAAACAGGGGACUUGCAGACAAGGAACUGAGCAAGGUAUCUUUGCCUUCACAACUUGUUCUUCACCCUGCAUGGCUCUUGCAGGAUGUUGAGCACUUUAAGGACGUAUGAAUGCUAUCUCUCCUGUCAAACUGAGAAAAGAAACCCAUGCAGCAUGUUGCAGAGCUGAAAUCCAAGUUAAAUGUCUAAGGGUGCAAUAAACCAGAUGACCAAAUGGAAGCAAAUACACUGCUAGACAAUCCAUGUCUUUCUUUUCCUGUGACAUCAGCUUGGCAAGCAGAGAGGAUUUUAAUAAUUAUAGAAAACAAGCAACUAACUUUUGGCCUUCAAAUCUAGAACUGGAGAUGUCAGUGUUUUCUGUUUCAUUUGUUUGGUUUGUUGGUUGGUCAGUAUAGUUUGGUUUUUCUAAUGGCUGACAUUUAUGAACAACUGACCUGCUUACUUCUAGAGGUCCACGUGAGUCUCAGGUAACGGCACCUUUGCUCUGCAUACUUUACAUGAACUGCUUUGGUUUCUUAAACUGCACUAGUCUAAAGUCUCCUGUAGAGGUGCUUUUGGCUGUUUCCUUCAACAUCAAACAGUUGCAUAUUCUCAGGGAUUUUACUUAGCCAUGGCAAAAUAAAAGUAAUCACAGUCUUACCCUAGGGAAGUAAGACUACUUUUUGUUUAAAAAAAAAACCAACUUUGCUGAACGUAGAACUCUGAUGCAGAGUAUGACACAGACAGUGUCCAUCCACUGUGCAUCCUUGCUGAGACAUGGUAAAUCCCAAAGCAAUCUGAUUGAAGUCCUGUCUAAUUCUGAAUAAUGGCAGUCAGGGUAUCUGAAUAGAGAUCAUACACACAUCUUUGCAGUAUAGUGCUUUUGGCAUUGGAGCAGAACUUUCAAAUACUUUCAGAAGAGUUCUGCUUAGCAAUGGGAGGCUUUUAUUUAUAUUAUUUAUUUUGUUGUUUUUUUGGGUUUUUUAAAUAUCUUCUGGAGCCCCCUCUGAUAUUUUAAGACAUCAUACACAGUUGCAUAUUGAAGUUCUGUGAUAAUAUAAUUGUAGAAUAUGAACUGAAUACUCAAGUGCUUUAGUGUUGUAAGCUUAAGGAGUCAUUGAAACAUCCCAUCUCAACAUCAUUUUAAUUUGGAUCUCCCUUUAACAGAUGCACUUAAAGUUAAGGGCCAUAUACCUUCACUUACAAGCUUUUCGUAAAGCAUCAUCAGGAUUUAGGUUGUAGCUCUUUGCUUUAAAAACAUUUCACUGUUUGAAAAGUGUCACUGUGCAUAUGAAAAGUAUUCCCCAAAUGUGCUCCAGUUGUUUGCAGCCUGCUUUGGCAAAGGAGUGGUGACCACUAGAGAGAACCAGUGUUACCUAUGACUGUGUAUGCCAGAUCUUCUAACCCUUCCUUUUCAUGAUCCCUUCAGCUUUUGUGAAAAACUUUAAGGAACCUUAAACUGCCUUUCAGACAGUAGAAGAGAUCACUAACACAUUCC